GUGGAGGAAUGGGCCAGCCACAGUUCUUUCACUAGCUUUGUGUUCGUGAAAAGAAGUCUAUGUUUCGCUUUUUUCUUCGAUCGAUUGAAGACGAGUGCAAGCACUUCCCAAGGAAGUACUCAAGUAACCAGAUCCACUUUUUCGACAGAGAUGUUCGCUCGGAUCGAUUUUUUGUUGUUGUUUUUUCCUGUUUCGUCUUUUUCUCGAUGUUAGAUAGCAAGGAGCUGUAAGUGAGCAUUCUUCUCGACCUUGAAUCUUCAUCAAUAUGAAAAUGACAACUCUCCAACCCAAAUGACAGUGAUAGCGAGUUUUUUUUUUGUGUCCCUUUAGGGGGUAAAGAAAGCAAGCUAUUAUCGUAAUACGUACCACUCCUGUGCCUUCAUUUUCCUCUUGUGUCCAAAAAUAAUUUGUCCACCUUUGUACUCAUAAACCACCACGAAACUUUUAUUCCUCAAGCUCAAGCACCAACUUCGUGAAGAAUUUGCGAUACACUGUACUGCAGAAACGCAUCCACUCCUCAAGCUUUCCUUUACUGCUGUGUACCAAACUAUGUUUCUCACGUUAUCUAGUCUGCAAAACAAACCCUGAACAAAUAAUAGCCUUGCAUCACUAUCUACGUCAUUCAAAUACACUUCUAUUGAUACAAGGAGGUUGAGUUUGAGAAGGAGGACUCGAUUACUUGUCUUUUCUUGAAGAAGUUUCGUCACUACAUUACGUACGAUUUUAGUUUUACAUUGAUAAAUAUCUCUAAAUUCAUCAAUACGGCGUUGCUCAUCUGUGAUAUCUACCAAUUUGGUGUUUAUAUGGUGCUAUUAUUAUUUCAAUUCUACUUCUGGUAGUCGUAGUCCACAAAUAACCGCUAUUUCCUCAUCAAAUCCACGUUCCUCAUCGGCAAUGGCUGCUGCUCUCCCUCCGGCUGGGGGCAAGAAAGCUUCUGCCCGAACGAUGGGCCAGAUUUCCACGGAAUUUCACAAGCGUGAAAGCGAAUUUACCACUUUAGAGGGCACAAGAUUCUGUCCCUGGGUCGGAAAAAUAAUCAUCGACGACAAGAAGAAGAAGCCAGAGGAACUCACCAUCCUGGCUCGGGGGGACGCCAAGCUCGCCGUGGAACACCUGUGCAGCGACGGCGCAUUCGGCAAGGUUGUCCGCCUGUGCAUGAACCCCGAUUCCGACCGUAACAGGAAAGUGCCCGCGGCCCGAAAGAAAAAUCUAGCAGUGAAGGUGAUCUCCAAGUGGAACGUAUCCAUUGAGUGUGUGUCCGGGUCUCGAAACUGGACUUGCACCCCUUCGAUGUCUUGUAGCUUUUGCACUACAAUCGAAUGUUGCUGAACUGCAUAAAGAAGGCGCAUUGCAUGGUACCAUUAAGUGGCGUGCGCAACCUCCCUGAUGGGUGUAUACCUAUCUUCCCGCAUGAGAGGUGGUCACCACCACUCUCUGCUGGUGAAAAAAGGGUGGGCAGCUGCUCUCGGUACGCUUGCAAUGCAGACCUCAGUUGUGAUGUACAAGUAGUGACGCGUUGCCAAUAACAAGACAAGUCGCAGAUGACCCAGACACAUAUGCAAUGCAUAGGCCGAACAGGACAAGGUCGAACAGUUGCGGCAGAUGCGCGAGGCGGCGAUCAACCUGCAGUUCGAAAACGGCAAGGAGGGCAUUACUCCAUGCUUCGGUGUCUUGUUCAGCGUGAUUUUAUGCAGUGCAAAGGCGUCUGGGUCUGGAAGGGAACAGAUAAGCACAAUUUGUAAUGCUGUUUUUCCCUCUGGCGCAGGGGAAGUGUCUGGCAUGCACACAGAGCACCUCAAUUUCUGUUCCUCAUGCUCUUCUUGCAUGAGAACUGCCGCUGCCGAAUGGCGCAAACUGUGUGCUCCUUGCUGACCACUACUUACGCAAGGCAAGUUUCUCUCUCUUUCAAAAUCAGUCUGAGACGUUUGCAUGAUCCUUCGAGCCCCAGGUACAUUUGCAAUGCAUAUCAUAGCAACAUUCUCAUGUUCAUCAUGCCCCAGGCGAUGAUGAGCUGGGUGAAAUUAUCCCGAGGAAAAAUGUCCCCAUCCCACAUUUGUGAUGCAAGUCUGGAUGCCCAAGAGUUCGGCAUGCUCGUAUUUGCAGAAGCGGAACACUUUGUGUACGCGGCUUCUACAGCCGUGCGCGAGUUCUACGCAAAGUGUCCAAAUUUGAUUUGUUAUGCGAACUUUACCAGGGGUUCGAAUCUCGAUUUGUCGAGGAGCUUGCCCACCUUGACUAUGGGAUGGUUACGUUUUUCCUCAGGAUGCCGCUUUGACGCGAAGAAGCACACCCAGGCGUUCUGCGCGUUUACGGUCCACGUUUUGAAUGGCUACAGGUACUUAUUUUUUUACGACUUGAUGGUGGGUGUUUCUGAGCGCGAUGUUUGACGUGCGUUGUAGCAUAAUGGAAUUAUGGAAACUGGAGCAAAACGGCGCUUCAUUCCGCAAGAACGACACGAGGAUCUACAAACAAACUUUAUUUUUUAAUCGCAAGCAGGUACUACACGUCGCAAGGGCUUCAGCACCGUGACAUCAAGGUAUCAUAGUCAAAACUGCCCCACAUAACCCAUAUGGAUGGUUGGUCUGUUUUUAGUACGGUUGGUCUGUGAAUGUUAAGUAGGUGGAAGCAGGAUUCGUUGACAUUUCUCGUGAUAAAGAUUAUCUUCAACAACAAGUUUUAUUGAUCUUCCUACUCUCUUCUACACGACCUGUGGGACCUGGUAGAGAUUUUUUGGAUAACAAAAGUUCUUGCUUUUGCUGCAGAACGAGUUCGAGGCAUCAGUGUGCAUACUAUAGCAGAAGACAAGUCGCAUAUGAGGCGGAUGGCAGUUUUGAAUGUGAUAAAUUCCCAGCAAUAUGUUGCUUCGGAGUGUAUCGGACCUCUCUGAGCUGCCACGGCACUACGUUCCGGUUGAUCACUAUCAGAAAAAAUCCGGACCAUCGCAAGUACUACCGAUGCAGGUUUUGCAUUUAAAGAUCGGUUCUGGGGCGUCACAGGUAUAUACAAAUGUCGCAGAAACAGAAACACAAUCGCCAUUGGAAACAAGGCUGACUGUGAUGUGCCUCUACGCCCGAGAACACGUUUUGUCUUGCAAAAACGGAUAAGUACUCAAAAGUGGUUGCGAUGAUGUUUUUUUCUUGCAUACUGAGGAGUUUUACGGGUUCGUCGCAUGCUAUUGUACAGUAACUGGUCGGCUCUCAUCGAUAUUCGACAACACUUGCAGCGUCGCGUGUAGUCAUGUUGAAAGAGAGGUAUAAGUGGCGUGAAGCGUAAGCCUGUGCAUCAGUUUGCAUGAUUGAAACGGCACUUUCGCAGCAGGUGCACCCACACAGUAAUUUCCCUAUCACUGUCGAAACAGAAAAAUACGGCCGGCUGUUCUCCCUGCAUACGCGCAUCUGCGACUGGGGUUCGGCGAAGCACUUAACCGAGGAGACGGGCGAAAGUGGACAGCAUAGUCCGCGCGGCAGGGUGGGCAUUAGGAAGUGGUGAACUUUACCUGCCACACCAGCAGAGGCCUCAUUGAAGCCGGGCAAAAGUAGUGUGAAUCUAUGCAGACAACUCUGUUGAUUCUGAUUUUUUUUUUCAAAAUUUCUUCGUACAACUUUUUCUUUCCUUCUGAUUUCGGAUUUUUUUCAUUUCCUUUUUCCAAAAGAAGCUAGAUGCGUCAUGUUGUAUCUUUUUUGCGGGAUGAAAAGUCUUGAACCUCCUAUCUGUUAUGCAUGCCGACGUCUUUAUAAUUUUUUUGCAUGCUCUUGUUUGCUAUCGUGCAGGCAAAGUUUACACGUUCAUAGAAGCCGACAACUACGCCUCCGUGGAUUUUCGGAUUCAUUUCGACGAAGAGGUGGAGUUAUCUUCGGAUGGCGAGAAGGAGGAAGAAGACGCAGAUAUCCUAUGUCAAAACGUCCCCAUCCCAUGGCUCUCAUGCAAAUCUGCAUGCUCGAAGGAUUUCUCAUGCGGAGCGUAAUCAGAGGCAUUUUCUAGUCGUAUUUUAAUUUUGGGAUUUGUCAUGGUCCAAUCGGCAUACUAUGUUCCAAAUUUGUGAUGCAACUGAACUAGCGAACAAGCAGGAUGACAUUUACUAAUGCGAACUUGUAAUGCGCAGCAAGGAGUAGGAAAUAAGCUGGGUCUUUUGUCUAGCGGAUUUCCCCUCUUGACUCUGGGGUGGGGACAUUUUUGCUGAGGAUAGAAGAAGAGGAAGAAGUAGACCCCGAUUUGCCGGAGGCCGUAUCAUCUGCAAGUAUGUCUGGGUUCCCUGAAAGUAAGAUUGUAAAGUUGUAAUGCUGAUCAUUUUGCACCAGAAGGGGGAAAAUCUGUCUUGCAUAGUCAGCACGAGAUGCGCACUUUUUGUCUCCUGGACAGGGCGUUUCUUAUUCAGGUCAAGCCUGAAGAAGCCUCCGCACAACGCGAUCCGCUCUCAGUGCAUUUCAGACCUUCAGGCAGACCCAAAAACAGCAUGACAAAUUAGCUCUGCAUUCAUCUUCCAGACCCACACCAGACGUUUGCAUUUGAUACGCGGGGGAGCAGAUGGAGUACAACCCCGUCCUGCUGGGUGACGCGCCGAUUCCGGACGAUGCCUGCGCAGUGUGCUUGGAAAAAGGAAGCGACUUGUUCAGCUUCGGACUGAUGUUCCGCGAAAUGUAUCUCGCUAUGAUCGAAGAACAAUCCUUCCGCGCCGCAGGGUUCCUGGUGCGUUUGCAACUCCAUCCGAAAAUUUUCACCCCGGGGUGUGGGUGCGGCCGCAAAAGCACACGGGCAGGAACCCGGCGGCGUGGAAAUUUUUCGAAAGAAUAUUUCGAAUCAACAUGGAGUCGAAGUAUAACGAGGCGCACGCUUACAUACUCCACCAGCAGGGCAUCGACCUGAACAAUCUCAAAAUCCGCUCGCAAGAGGAAUACAAGAUGUUCAUGUACCAGUUCUGGCACUUUCACUGCAGCUUGUUGGAUCCCAAGGGCGUGCCGGAAGAACACAAGGACUACAUCUACAUGGAUGUUCUGCGCAAAUUCGGGCCAGGCAACAAGGGACUGGAACCAAAAUUGAAAAAGGGAAUCGAAGGUACACUAUAAAGUUGUUUUUGCUGUAGUUCUUGAAUGGAGUCAGAUCACAGGUGGAGUUUGCAAAAAUGCCUUGUAGAAGGAGGUCUUGGUGUGUGUCGUGUAUUGUGCUGUGGUUCAGGACGCUGGAGUUUCUGGCGAUUUUUGUGUUUGGGUGUUUACGAUAAAAGAUCAUGGAAUCGAAAAUAAAUGCCAAUACAGCGUUCCUCAAAGAAUCCAAGGCGGCCAGUGCGAAAAAAGAUGGUCCCGACUUCCACCGCCUCUGCGUGCAGUUGACCAAGUUAUCCUGCGUAAAAAGCGUCCUUGUCAACUACACAGAGAAGUCGUAUGUUAUUGGUUCUUGCAUGCCCCUCCGAAUAACCGGAACGUGUGUCAUGCAACACUCAUGAAAAUCAUAUUAAUUGCGACGUUUUUUGGACAUUUGUCAUGCAAAGUUUGGGAUCAGAACUAGGUGAAAACCCGAACUCCGUGUAGCCGCAUGUAUGACCAGAAGCUGUGUGGGACGUCCUUGAUGGCAAAUUUGCCCGACUGGCCUCGGCUCCAAAUAGCGGUCAUCCCGUGCAUCUCUAUACAGCUUCUCGACUGAAGGACGCUGCACAAUCAUGAAUCAAAGGCGACAUGGACGUUUUUAGGCAGGAUAGUAAUGGGACCCGGCCGUGUAUGCAAAGAAAAAAGUGUUACAGCUACAUAUUGUGUUGCAAAACAUACAAGACAGGCGAUCUCUGCCAUGCGCAAAGUGCUUGCGAGUCUCCUUUUGUGUGUGUUUUGCCUUAUGAUCUCUGCAUUGCAAGUCCUCUCCGUCAUGCGAGGCAAAUUUGUGAUGCUGAAUUCACUACAAAUGUGUAACUCUAAAUGUAACACUUUUUUCGUUGGAUAUCGUACGGCACAGCGGAUUGACCGAUGAUUUCCUCCGCGAAUGCCGCAUUUUAUCGAAACAGCGUUUCGAGGAAGCUGCCUCAUCGGGGUCCGAGUUGAUGUUCGACUUGAAGGCGCCGCUGCCAGUGCCGGAAUCCAUGGCGCCCAGGAUUCAGGACAACGUCAAUGACUUGCUCGGCCCGCUGCUAGAGGACGCCGAUGAGGACUGCGAUAGGGUGGAGGCCCGCGAAGACCUCAAGGGAAAGGAAACCGAGAAACGUCAGCUGUUAGAGGAAAUCGAGGAGAAGGUCAAGGAAGAGACGAGCACAAAGAUCGCCAAGAACCUCCAUAUAAUGCUGUACAACGAGAGGCUAUCCCAAUGAAAGAGCUAGUUCCCCUGACACAAACCGAGACUUGUGAUGGGAGAUGUGUGUGCGCGAAUCAUCUUCUCUGGCGAGCAGACAGCAGGAUGCUUCUGUGAUGAUUUCUUUGUGUAACAAGUUCAAUUUGUCAUGCACAGCGUGGCAGGAAAAGGAAAACCUUCGCCGGUCAUACUGACUGACGAGAUACGUUAGCUUUUCUGACUUCACGCGAGAAGAAGUUGAUUGGUGUACAAUAGAAAUUGAUGGGUACUUCUACCAUCAAUUUUGCACACAGAUGACGCCCGGAGAAUUUCAGUUUUUUCAGUUUGAUAGACACCGCUCUUGGACGACGCAGGCAAUUUUACGGGCGAGGUGAAGCCGAGGAAGGCACCCGGCUACGUGGCCGAGAUGCAGCGCAAGCACGCCGCUUUGGCCCCCGAGUUCUGGGGCACCGCGUACACCAGCACGGGUGAUGUGGUAUCACAUCAUCUGACAAAGCUAGUUUACUUUUUCAAUGACUUCAUAUGCUCACAUCUAUACGUAGAAAUACAUUCAUUUCUGGCGUGGAACAUUACAUUCAUUUCUGGUUGUGCUAGACGGAUAUUUUUUCUACAAAUCACAUAGCGAAGAAGAUAAGGAGGUAUUUUUUGUUUCCCAGGUGGAGACGAUGACAGAAGAACAGCGUGCGGCGUUCAAGGACAAACGACCUAUCAAAAUGCGAGAGGCUUCCCACACCAUUUCUCAUCUCAAAGUCAAUCCGCAUCACCUGUUCUGCAUUGAAAAUUGCACCCACCGAUACGAAGAGAAAUUUGCCCACGUGAAGAUCAAUCCACGUAUCAUUUUGUGAUGCUUCCCCGCAGAAGAUGCUGCUUCGUUUCAUGUCAUGUUCGAUUAUGGUGCAGAGGGUUCUUGCAGCAGGAUAAAUUCGGAUCCAAAUUUCCUCAAUCCCAACGAGAUCGGCGAGAACGGCCGAGAACGUAGUCCGAGGCGCAAUGCAGGUAAAUUCUGUUGCGUUCGCUGCAGACCAGAAACCGAACAUUGCUUUUAAAUUUCGUGAGCUGAUGGAUUUAUUUUCACGUUGCGACUUGUGAUUGUGCCACAAAUCUGGCGUUCUUCGUGCAUGAAGACAGUAUACGAAAAGUUGACAAAUGAUCCAAAAUCUGCAUACCACAGGCUUAAACAACAACCAGUUGAACCUGCUCGCUGAUGUCGAUGAUAUCGACGAUGUCGACGCUCUGGCGCAAAAUGUCGACGCCGACACAACCGUCCUGAUCACCGUGAACGGCAACAGGAAGAUAUCCAAUACAAAAAUGCGUGGCGGUGCAAUUUUUUGGAUAAGAUUCACUUGCUUGCGGCAUGACAAACCGGCUCGAGAAGGGAAUUCAACUACUAUGCCCACCAUUGCUAAGUUGUCUUUUCUGUUUCUUUGGCAGGGCAGGAGAUGAAAUGGUCUUGCGUGACAGGCUCUGUCGCCACAAAUUUGCACUGAGCAUUUUUUUUUUUUGGAUAGCGUACGAUCCAGGAUGUGCUCAACGACUACGAACCGAAACACGGCUUUCCCGGCAACGGCAAAAGAGCACGGUAUCAAGUGCAAAAAUGUCUGGGUCUGGAAGGUUGCAACUUGUGAUGCUGUCUUUGGAAGGUAAAAACAAUCUGUAUUGCAUGACCAGCCAGGCGAGUUCAGUUUGUGCUACACGGAGUGGGCGUUUCUCAUGCGGAAUACGCAUCAGAAGGCCCGUUAAAAAUCUAUGAUGCUAGGUCAUGCAUUACAGCCAUCAUGGGUUAUGCAAGAUAUGCAUGACAGACUUGGCAAUCGUCCAGACCCAGACAUUUUUGCACUUGAUACACGGACGGCGGAGACCAAAGAGCACUGGGACGUGAUACGGCUGCGUGUCGUGCCGACGCCGGAUGGCGCAGGAGCCGCCGAUCCGACGGGUAACAUCGAGCGCAACCGUAUCCUAUGUAAAAACGCCCCCACCCCAAGGUCAAGAUGGAAAAUCUGCUAGUCUUUCACGCUUCGGCCCAGGGCAUCACUGUAUUUAGCUAUUAUGGCCGCAUCUAAAAUUGAUAUUGAACAUCAGACUCCAUCAAAGCAUGACAAAUUCCAAUGCGCCUUCUUUGGAAAGUGUCGCUUAUCUUCAGGAAACUGCGCAUGAGACACAUCUUCAGGGUGAAUAUGGAAAAUUGCAUGAUAAACUUGUCGUGGUAGGAACAUUUUUACUGAGGAUUGACCGAAAGAACUGGACGAAGCACUGGUUGCCAAACAACCCGCUGUUAGUUUACGGGACUCUCAAGCGUUACACCAGUGACUGUAUACAUGAAUGAUAUUGUAAUUGUGCAAGACUACCUCUACCAAAAUAAUCUGAUGAUGAGUGAAAGGGCUAGGCUUGCGAGUUGCUGUUGCAGGCUUGGCAGUGAUUCUAUUGCUACCUAGCGCAUCCUCGAGCGCACAUCGCACGAUGUACAUUGAGUGGUCGGGUGGUUUCACGGUCGCAUUGAUUCUGUCUGCAUCGCAAAAAACUAUGUAGCAGCGACCAAUGUAACGGUUGAGAAUGCCAUAUGUUGAACAAGUUCGGCGGAGCGCAGCGAAAACUGCAGCAUGCAAGGAACAGCAAAGUGCUAUACCCCCGGGCGCGCCCGAAUGAGGAUGUCGUGAUGAUGGAAGAAUAGGCUCGGUUAUGACUACUUGUGACAAGAAGAAGAUGACUUUAUUCGCUGGUGGACAAAAUAUUUGAAAUAAAGGAAAGUAUGUAGUUUACUAUGAAAAGGCAAAGGUUGGCUUCGGUUUUUGUAUGCAAAGGCUUCGUUCCCGAAGCCCCUGGAACGAAGCACAAACUCAUCAGCUUCAAAAUUUUUUGUGGUGUUUCUGUUUACUGUUAAGUAAAAUAAUUCGUUGUCGCCCCUUCUUUCUAUUGUACGCACCUACCAUUAUUUGUCUUGCUGACAUAGGAUAUCUUGUUUUCGAUUUAUAUGCGAUAUUUAUGUACAUUUGCACGAGAUCUAAGAAAAAAUGGAUUUAUCUACGCUUAGUACGUCACGAACUAGGUCUUUCCUACGCAAAUUGUACUGUAUGGGAACCGUUCACAAGAUGACUCAUCCGUUAGAGAAAUGGAAACGGACGAGUAAUGCGUUAGACUAUUCAGCAGCAACAGUAAACCGGAGAAACAGCAAGGCGGGCGCUCUUCUAGGUUUGUGAAAGGUGUAGCGCCGCAAAGUAUACAUCAAGCAGCAAACCGAGUUGUCGGGCUUUUGACUUCACAGGGGCCUACUGGAUAUUCAGGUGGGUCAUUGGCCGUUUCAACAUGGUCGAUGCCCGGUCGGGUCGGGUCCAUGGCCGGUCGGGUCGGGUCUCUGGCCGGUCGGGUCGGGUCCAUGGCCGGUCGGGUCGGGUCCAUGGCCGGUCGGGUCGGGUCCAUGGCCGGUCGGGUCGGGUCCAUGGCCGGUCGGGUCGGGUCCAUGGCCGGUCGGGUCGGGUCCAUGGCCGGUCGGGUCGGGUCCAUGGCCGGUCGGGUCGGGUCCAUGGCCGGUCGGGUCGGGUCCAUGGCCGGUCGGGUCGGGUCCAUGGCCGGUCGGGUCGGGUCCAUGGCCGGUCGGGUCGGGUCCAUGGCCGGUCGGGUCGGGUCCAUGGCCGGUCGGGUCGGGUCCAUGGCCGGUCGGGUCGGGUCCAUGGCCGGUCGGGUCGGGUCCAUGGCCGGUCGGGUCGGGUCCAUGGCCGGUCGGGUCGGGUCCAUGGCCGGUCGGGUCGGGUCCAUGGCCGGUCGGGUCGGGUCCAUGGCCGGUCGGGUCGGGUCCAUGGCCGGUCGGGUCGGGUCCAUGGCCGGUCGGGUCGGGUCCAUGGCCGGUCGGGUCGGGUCCAUGGCCGGUCGGGUCGGGUCCAUGGCCGGUCGGGUCGGGUCCAUGGCCGGUCGGGUCGGGUCCAUGGCCGGUCGGGUCGGGUCCAUGGCCGGUCGGGUCGGGUCCAUGGCCGGUCGGGUCGGGUCCAUGGCCGGUCGGGUCGGGUCCAUGGCCGGUCGGGUCGGGUCCAUGGCCGGUCGGGUCGGGUCCAUGGCCGGUCGGGUCGGGUCCAUGGCCGGUCGGGUCGGGUCCAUGGCCGGUCGGGUCGGGUCCAUGGCCGGUCGGGUCGGGUCCAUGGCCGGUCGGGUCGGGUCCAUGGCCGGUCGGGUCGGGUCCAUGGCCGGUCGGGUCGGGUCCAUGGCCGGUCGGGUCGGGUCCAUGGCCGGUCGGGUCGGGUCCAUGGCCGGUCGGGUCGGGUCCAUGGCCGGUCGGGUCGGGUCCAUGGCCGGUCGGGUCGGGUCCCUGGCCGGUCGGGUCGGGUCCAUGGCCGGUCGGGUCGGGUCUCUGGCCGGUCGGGUCGGGUCCAUGGCCGGUCGGGUCGGGUCUCUGGCCGGUCGAGUCGGGUCUCUGGCCGGUCGGGCCGGGUCCCUCCCUGGCCGGUCGGGUCGGGUCCCUGGCCGGUCGGGUCGGGCCGAUGGCCGGUCGGGUCGGGUCCACGCAUGGCCGGUCGGGUUGGGUCCAUGGCCGGUCGGGUCGGGUCUCUGGCCGGUCGGGUCGGGUCCAUGGCCGGUCGGGUCGGGUCUCUGGCCGGUCGGGUCGGGUCUCUGGCCGGUCGGGUCGGGUCGAUGGCCGGUCGGGUCGGGUCGAUGCCCGGGCCGCAUACGCCUGUAGUUUAUUUUUUCUUUCGCCCGCGACCGCGAUCCGACUACUAUUGUCACGUCUGAUUGUAGGCGAAGCAAGUUCCUCUUGGUGCCGCAAGCUGAACAUCUAUCAUAGAUUUUUCGCGGAAUUGUAUCAAGAAACCAAGUAGCAGUUUCUUGGUAGAGGCACUACGAGCAGCCUGCUACAAGCGAAAGAAGAUAUCUGCGUGGCCUCGGUUUCUAUGUGCUACGUGAACCUGUCUUGCUGGACCAGAAACCAAAAGCAGCCUUCUAAGACGCGGCAAUUAGUCACGCGCUUCUUUCAAUACAUAAUUGCGUUAGUUUAAUUAUAUAUCUCUAGAGCGUUUUUUCUUAUUGGCGAGCCGUAUUCGUGGCAGAAGAUGAAGAGCAGUUUCGUAUUUUCUUUUCGUUUAUUUUGCGAGUCUGUAUUGUGUACAGCUGCAGCAAGGAGGACGAAAUAAAGUAAGUAGCAAGGCGAAAUCUGCACAGUUCGUCCCGGAAAAAUAGACAAAUCAAAAGCAAGCAGAAAGAGCCAAACUCUUUGUACACAACACUUUGAAAUACUAAAAUGCGAUCCCGAUCGCGAUCUCGAUGUAUCACCUCCGCCGUUGAAGCCGGCGCAUGUGAUGCUACAUCACAGCCUAGACGAGGCACGACCGGUGUUCUAGCGCUUAUCGACUGCUGCCUUCUUUGUUACCCGGCUGUGAGGAUCGAUAUUAACGACAAUGUUUUUCAAAGUGUGCCACUGUCUUCUGUCCAG